CUGUGCAGCAACGUGGGGAGAGGCUGGAUUUGAACAGUGUAGAUAACAUGAGCAGGGAAAGGCGCAUUCGCGUUUCUUUCCUCACACAGUGUCACAGUUGUUCUCUUAAUAAAAGCCGCUCCCUGCUUGUAACCUGCAGAUGGUUUAUCGCAGAAGCAUGUUUCGCAAAAACUUCCCGAGUAAAGCGUUUGUCUGCAGACUCGUUCUUCUCUGCUUCCACUUGAAUAAACGACUCGUAGCGAUGUCGAUGCCAAAGCUGUCGAGAGAAAGCUCCGAGCCACCGGCGAACAGCGGCGCGUCACAGAUCGACGAAGGCACGACAGCAGCAGACGUCAGCGACGCGGGGGGCGAAAACGACCCCUCCUCCGCGGGAAAGUUCACAGAGGGCGAGAUGGCCAUCCACAGAAUCCAUAGACUAGCGUGUGCGGCAAAGAAGCAGAUGUACGUUGACCCUUCCAGCGGGUAUAAGGUGUUCACAGAGUAUGCCCACCUUCAGAGAGGGAAGUGCUGCGGCAGCGCGUGCAGACACUGUCCAUAUGGCCAAGUCAACGUGAAGGACCCCGCCACGAAGAAGCGGUUCAAUUCCCUGUUUUACGUGUAGACCUAACAGCCUCGUGCCAAGGUAACACGCUAGGAGCCUGUUUGGAAUGGAAGCCACCGCACAUUGCUUGUCUUCUGCCUGUCGUUAUUUGGACUACUUGAGUCAUUUUUUUCUUUUAGCCGUGUAAUAAAUGAUGAAAUAUGGGUAGUGUCUGUGCAAUACCUAUCUCUUAUGAAUCACAACUAUUCUUAGGAUUAUUUUCAUUCUGGCAAAAUGGGAAAGGAGGAGAACGGAUUUGUUCACUAGACCCUCAUGCAAACCAGCCUUUUAUCACAUUUUUGUUUUGUUCUGUUUUGCAGAUACUUGUUUUUUCCUCUCAGUGUCCAGUGAAAUGCCUUUGAGCCUCAUUUUUUCUUUUCUCUUCAAGAGUAUUUAAUAUUUUGUAGUAUUCUGCUCUUCUGAUGCAUUUACAAGGGUUGUGGGAGUAUGGAGAUGAAAAACUGAGAGUGCAUUUUAGAUCUUUGCCCUCCAGAUAAAGGGCAUAUAAGCGAAAGUAACUGUAAGAUAGUCAGAUGGAGUCUUGUGCUCUUUUGCUUCGCAUCGCUUGUUAUUUUUUUUCUCUCCCAAACGUACGACUGCAUGAAUAUUAGCAUCAUUUACACACCACAAGUGCUUGACUGAACUGUCUACCUUUGACUGAGAUACUGUGUUGUUAAAAAUAGGAAGGUGCCAGGGGUCAGCCCUCACACUUGGCUGCGCUGCUUUUACACCACUUGAUGGAAUCAGGCUGUUAGCAAACAUGCCACGGACAUCAACAGCAGCCCUCCCCACCGGACUUGCAGCUCAGCCUCCUGGCAACACUCGGCUACAGUGCAGCUCCCCGCGGCUGCUCUCCUGAGCCGCAGCCUAAUGAACUCCUGGGCCCUCUCAUCCCAGGACUGCAAUAGAUCAGCUCGGCGCUCACCAGCUCGCUUAGACGCACACAUGCGCAGGCAGGCUCGCUCCAUCGCAACACUGCGUGGCUCCUAAUAGGCCGAUAUAGAAUAAAGGUUGCACUUGACCGCGCGCUUCGUAGCCCUGAGUGAUAGCGCUAGGUAAGGUCAAGCGCUCGUAUAGAACUACCUAUGCCGUGGAAAGAUGAUUUGCGAGUGCAUGUGGGUAGGCGGCGUGACGCCUCCGGGCGCUCGCCGGAAACCCAACGCGCACGCUCGUCCUUCUCCGCCCGAUUGGGCAAACGGCAUCGCCAUGAGAGGACGUGUCUUUUCCUCGGCAGGUGGGUCCCAAAGGCAAGUGCUUAGCGAUCGGAGCAAAGCCCUGUGAGCGGCUGCAAGGAGAUCGGUGAUCCCGACAGUGCUGGGGAGGACAGGUUCUGGGGACGCGUCGUCAGGCGGGAUGAGAGGCGAGUUUAUUUGGUGUUAUUCUAAACCGAGGCAGCGGAGCGUGCGGCAGCAACAUUUCUACAGCGGGACGGCGAAGGUGUCACACUCAUCAAGUACCUGGGCCCGCUUGCCUGCCGCGGCUCUGCCGGUUUUGCCUAGGGACUCGUCUGUCACAUUAAAGUAGAUGCAUUGCCAUUCAGGGCCUCGGCGGUCCCGCAGCCUGACCAUGAAAUAGGCCAACUUUCAUGUCUGCCUCAUCCCUCCACGUCUUCCCAAUCCAGUGAUGGCACAGUUUGAAUUUUUUCCCCUCCAUCCUCUUCCAGCCUAGCAGUUUGUGACUGAGACGCAAACAGCACACCUUCCACAGAUUAGCAGAGAAAUGCACUCCGGUUACUAAUUCAUCCUUAAUUCAUUAGCGUUGAUUGAGUAGCCUGUGAAGUGCACUGGGACAAUGAGAGAGAGCGUUCAGCUAGUUUCUGUGUUUAAUCACUGAAACAAAUUAAUUUAUCUAACGUUGAUUAAAGUCCCGCCUUUUAUUUGGGUUGUCUCUGGGUUGAGCUGCACCACGAUCAUUUUCUC